AUGCCGCGCUCCUCUUACUAUCUAUUGGCUCUACUGCUAUCAUUUAUCACAACCUUCUUAUGGUUCUCAUCGAAUACAAGAACCGCAACUACAACACCUAUCUUAUCUCUCUACAGCUCAUGCUCGUGUCCUCCCGGCUCCGAAACCGAUGCCACUCCCUCCUCACCAGCAUCAAACCCAUCAUCCUCCCUACCCAAGGACAUCACAGUAGCCUCACCUUCGCCCGUUCCGCUACACCCACCCGCCGAACCACCCCAAUCAUACUAUCUCCCCUACACACCCUCCAAACAACUCUCCCGCCUUCCCUUCCCCUCAAAACUCUGGCAAAAAGCCGGACCAAACGGCAUCGACGAAGACCGUCAAAAGGACAUCAAAUCCUGGCAUACGCACAACCCCUCCCUCCGCCAUGAAAUCUUCACAGACGGUAACGCAGAGCGAUACGUGCUCGAUCAAUUCGCCAAAUUCCCCGAUAUCAUCGACACCUACCAAGACCUGCAAGUGCCGAUCCUAAAAGCAGACUUCCUCCGACAAUUGAUUCUCUACGCGGACGGUGGUGUUUGGAGUGAUCUAGACGUAACAUGCAACACACCCAUUGACUCAUGGAUUCCACGAAAAUUCAAGAACCAAACAAACCUCGUCGUGGGUCUUGAAUUCGACGGAAAUCAAUUCGCUAGUUGGACCGUGAUGGCUAAGCCGAAGACGAAUCACAUCGCCGCCGCGAUCGAGUAUAUCAUGGAUGCACUGGAAUAUUCAGCCGAGGAGGCCAAUACCACUAUCUCCGGACUGACGAUGAAGACUAUCAGCGACGUGGUAGCAGUGACGGGGCCGCAGGCUAUGACGCAGGCGAUUCUGCGCAGUAUCUCAGUUGAACUUGGGGAGACGGUGACUGGAGAGAACGUUUCGAAUCUACAUGAACCGACUCUUUUGCAUGAUGUGUUGGUUCUUCCGAAUGCGGCUUUUGCAGCGAUGCAGGCUGGUUUCCCUGAGGAUCAGGGGCCGUAUUUGGUGGAGCAUCAUUAUGCGGGGUCUUGGAAGAAUGAUCAUGGUGGGGAGAGUUCCCCGAAUAGUCCUAUUGAGCAGGAUCAUCUUCAUGAGGAGAAAGCAGAGGGUGAGAGUGAUCAAGGAGGGGUCAAGUCUGAGAUUCGAGAGGAUGACGAAUGA